CGGAGAGAGCGCCCAGAGCCGACGCUCGCCCAGCGCGACCGCAGGAGAUCCCGAGGGCGCGGAGGAAAGGGAGAAGUAGACGAAGAAAGGCAGGAAGAGGGCACGAGGAGCGCGGGGGCCAGAGGCGAGCGAAGGCCGGCGCCAUGGGGCUGGAGGCGGCGAGCGAGCUGGAGAGCGGCGCGCUGGGCGCGCUGCUGCGGGAGCCGCGGGAGGCCGAGCGCACGCUGCUGCUCGACUGCCGGCCCUUCCUGGCCUUCUGCCGGCAACACGUGCGGGCCGCGCGGCCGGUGCCCUGGAACGCGCUGCUGCGGCGCCGUGCGCGCGGCCCGCCCGCCGCCGCCCUCGCCUGCCUGCUGCCUGACCGCGCGCUGACUGCGCGCCUGGCCCGCGGGGAGCUGGCGCGGGCCGUGGUGAUGGACGAGCGCAGCGCCUCGGUGGCCGAGCUCGGGGCCGACAGCCCGGCCCGCGUGCUGCUCGCCGCGCUGCUGUGUGAGACGCGCGCCGGGCCCACCGCCGUGUGCUUCCUGCGAGGAGGCUUUGAAGGCUUCCAGGCGUGCUGUCCAGAUCUGUGCUCUGAGGCCCCGGUCCAGGCGCUACCACCUACUGGGGCCGAAAACAGCCACCCAGACCCCAGGGCUCCCUCCUAUGACCAGGGUGGCCCAGUGGAGAUCCUGCCAUACCUCUUCCUGGGCAGCUGCAGCCAUUCAUCUGACCUGCAGGGGCUGCAGGCCCGUGGAAUCACGGCAGUCCUCAACGUCUCUGCCAGCUGCCCCAACCACUUUGAGGGCCUUUUUCGCUACAAGAGCAUCCCUGUGGAGGACAACCAGAUGGUGGAGAUUAGUGUCUGGUUCCAGGAGGCCAUUGGCUUCAUUGACUCAGUGAAGAACAGUGGAGGCCGGGUGCUGGUGCACUGCCAGGCUGGGAUCUCUCGAUCUGCCACCAUCUGCCUCGCAUACCUGAUACAGAGCCGCCGGGUGCGGCUGGACGAGGCUUUCGACUUUGUUAAGCAACGCCGCGGAGUAAUCUCGCCCAACUUCAGUUUCAUGGGGCAGCUGCUGCAGUUUGAGACCCAGGUGCUGUGUCACUGAGGCCUCUGCCUGCUUGCCUGGGAAUGGCAUCACUGGGAAUGGGCCAGCUCUCCCCUGGCUAGUGUGCCCACAGCACCGACUUGGGAGAAGCUGACAGUGAACAGCUGUGUUCCCCUCUGACCCAGCACGCCCCCUUGAAGUCCCCAGAGUGGGGGGCUGGGAAUGGAGGGGUGCUGGACU